AUGAAAGUUGUGAAGCGUUGUUGUCUUCUGCUGAGCUGCUGGACUCUCAUUUACCUGCAUCCCGUCCUCGGUUCACUCAGCCGGACCAGACCGACCGAGCAGCACCUCCACCGGCUCGGAGAGGCAGCGGAGCGCGGGGGAGGAGAGCAGGCUCACCGGAGAACCGGAGGGGGGCUCGGUGGGUCCACAUUAGCAGCAGGCAGUAAACCAGUCACAGCUUCUGGGACCUGGAAAUCAUCACCGGUGAGUCCGGCGAGGAUCACGCGGAUCCGCGCGGGUCCACCGUUAAUUAAGGGCGAGACAACCAUUAAAAGCAAACUGUCUGCGUCCUCAUCCUCAUCACCGGGCAGCCACCGGGCCGUGCCGGGCGGCCACCGGGCUCAGCUGCAGCACCGGGACAGAGGGGCAGGGUUGGGGCGCUCCUGGUCACCCGGCGGGCACGCUGCUGCUUUCAGCGCACAUGCAGCAGUGAAAGGAGUCGGGGUUGCGGCUGGUGGAGGAGGUGGAGGACCAGCGGGGAAAACUUUGGGGAAAGUUGUUUCCAGAGCGGGUGCAGCAGCUCCAGUGCGCCCCGGGCCUCAGAGAGCGGCUCCGGCGGCGCAGCGGGGGGCCGACACCAGGAGCCCCAAACUGAGCGACCCGCAGCACAAAGAGCCGCUGGUGAUUCCUCACGACUACAUGCUGUCUCUGUACUGGUCUCUGUCCACCGGGGACCUGAACAGCAGCGCUCUGCAUGCAGCAGGUCUGGCCAACACCAUCACCAGCUUCGUGGAUAAAGGGCAAGAUGAUCGCGGGCCCCAACUGAGACGGCAGCGGUAUCACUUCAACAUCAGCUCCCUGGAACGAGACGGGCUCCUGGGGGCCGAGCUACGCAUCCUGAGGAAACGUCUGUCUGACCCCCGCAAAGCCUCCAUGGCAGCGCUGGGAUCCACAGCCGCCGAUGGAGGAGGAGGAGGAGGAGGAGGCGCGUCCCCCUGCCUGAAGCUGUACACCUGCGCCUCAGCUAAACAAAAGUCUGCUCUGCUCCAGACCAGGACCGUGGAGGAUCUGAGCGGCGGAUUCAGCAGCAAAUGGGAAGUGUUCGACAUAUCAAAAGUCUUCAAGGGUUUCAAGAACCAGCAGAUCCAGCAGCUGUGCUUUGAGCUGGAAGCCCUGGAGCACCGAGGCGGUCGGCCCACGGAUCUGCGCUCUCUGGGGUUCGCCCGACCGGGACGGACCAACAAGGAAAAGGCCUUCUUCUUGGCGUUCGGCAAAAGCAAGAAACGCGACCUUUUCUACAACGAGAUCAAAGCGCGGUCGGGCCACGACAACAAGACCGUCUACGAGUAUCUGUUCACGCAGCGGAGGAUGCGGCGAGCUCCGGCAGCGAGGGGCGCCAAGAAGCCGCUGCAGCAGCCGCAGACGCUGCCGCAGCACCAGGCGGCCAAGACGCAGACGAGGCCGCGUUGCCACCGGAGACGCCUCCACGUCAACUUCAAGGAGAUGGGCUGGGACGACUGGAUCAUCGCUCCGCUGGAGUACGAGUCCUUCCACUGCGACGGCGUCUGCGACUUCCCCAUCCGCUCGCACCUGGAGCCCACCAACCACGCCAUCAUACAGACGCUGAUGAACUCCAUGGACCCGGAGUCGACGCCACCCACCUGCUGCGUCCCCACGAGACUCAGCCCCAUCAGCAUCCUCUACAUCGACUCGGCCAACAACGUGGUGUACAAGCAGUACGAGGACAUGGUGGUGGAGUCGUGUGGCUGCAGGUAG